UUUCUACAUUAAAAAAUGAGGAGUGUCAGAGUUAGGUCCGCCAUUAAUGAAAUGAGCUCCAAUGGCUCCCACGUUGAACUUGUGCUCCAGAAUUCUACUUUCAUGAACAUACUCCGGAUUUGAAUUGGAAGUUGGGAUGAGUAGACUCUUCUUUUGCACAAGUUUUUCUUGCAGUGAUGUAUGGUGGUUGAGGUUGAGAAAUCCUGGAUUAGAUAUCGAGAGUGGUGAGAAUUGUGAGUCUGUGACACCAUCACAAGUUCUUGGCCGGCCUGCACUCAAGAUAUUUGUUAUAUUUCCACUCUUUUCAAUGCUUUCUUUAUGUGUGAAUUUCCGUUUACACACACAACACACAGUGGCGUAAACGGUAAGAAAGAUUCCUCAUUUCCAAGAAAAGCCGGUUCACUUCAUCUUCAGUCAAAAAUUGAAGAGCAGAAAUGGAGUCCCGCUAUUCACUUUUCUUCUCCAAUUUCUAUAGCAAGAAGGUUCUGCAAAGUGGGCUGUGGCUUGUUUGGUUAUGUGGGUUUUUCUUGAUUGGUGUCUCGUUCUAUGGUACUCAAAUGCUGCCCACUUUUCUGAGAGAACAGAUCAAGAUCAGGAAACCAGCGGUUUCUGGUGUUGGUUUUGAUGAUCUAAGCUUCCCCAAGAUCACUCUUUUUGCAGCGCCGAGGCCUUUCAGUGGUUCAGUAGGUGAAAGGCAAGCUCUUGCUGUAAGAUCAUGGCUUGGAUUAUCGGAAAAUAUAAAUGUUGUUCUUUUCAGUCAAGAUCCGUCUGUUUUCUCCUUUGUUGAUUCAUUUGGUUCGCGGGUGUCCGUUGAAACCGAGAUUGACUUCACGUUCCUUGGUACUCCAUUUUAUCAUUCCAUGGUUGCAAGAGCUCUUGCAUCACCAUCAGAUAUUUCUGCAUUGAUUGAUCCGGAUACCAUUCUCUUGUCAAACUUUAUAUCCACUUUGAUAUGUGCUUACAAGCUAGAUGAAGAUUGGCUCAUUGUCGCCUCAUCAGGAAAUGUUUCCCAUUUUCCUUUUCGCUUAGAUUCUGAUGGCAAAAGUUGGCUGGCAGAUGAUGGUAAACAUGUUCAAAUACAAAAGCAGUUGCAGGAGGUCCUUGUUCGGCAAGGUUCUCAGAAACCAUGUGGGGAUAGAAUGCUUAUAGCAUGGAACAGAGGAGAUCUACCACUUCACAAGGGUGUGCUUCCCCCAUUCUUGUAUGGAAAGGGACUUCACAACCAUUGGAUUGUCACUGAAGCCUUGAUCUCUGACUUUAGGCUUGUAAUUGAUGCAAGUUUGACUAUUUCAAGUUUCUAUGUAGAUGAUCUUGACCAAGAGAAUUAUGCCUUGAUAAGGAGCUCCAUUACUUCUGAUUUUGAAAAGAGAAGUUGGGAACUAAAUGGCAAUUCCCUUCUAGGAAGGCUAUAUGGAUCAUUUUCUUUUCGUGACGCUAACUAUUCUAAUUUGUUCAGAUUCUUUGAGUGUGGUGGGAACUUUCACUUUUUAAAUACGCACCAAAACAUUGCAUAUCUGCUGGGGUACAACAGACCACUGAACUUGAGGAUCAAGGGGAUCUCUUUAUCAUCGACACAAAAGGAAAUUCUGGAUUGCGUUGAUGUGAUAAAAUCACUUGAAGGAAUUGAAGGAUGCUUUGCCAAAGAGCAGAUGAGAUUGCCGACAUCAAUUUCACUUCCACUUUCCCUAGAAUCUCUACUCUCGAUGCGUGCUGAUCAGAACAAAACAAUUGCUCUUGGAGUUGCUGGACAUAGUUACAAGGAUAUGCUAAUGAGUUGGGUUUGCAGGCUACGCCACCUCCAAGUAUUAAACUUUUUGGUCUGUGCUCUUGAUGAUGAAAUAUAUGAUUUCUCCGUGUUGCAGGGCCUGCCAGUUAUCAAGUGCGCAUAUCCUCCAACCAACAUCAGCUUUGACAACUGCCAUUUUGGAACAGAAUGCUUCCAGAAAGUAACUAAAGUCAAGUCUAGAAUGGUUUUGCAGAUAUUAAAGCUCGGAUAUAAUGUGCUUCUGAGUGACGUGGAUGUAUACUGGUUCAAAAAUCCUUUGGCCUAUCUUAGUUCUUUUGGUCCUGCAGUUCUUGUGGCACAGUCUGAUGAAUACAAUGUAACAGCACCAAUAAACCUACCUCGACGACUUAACUCCGGCUUCUACUAUGCUCAUUCAGACAGUAUAACCAUUGCAGCAUUGGAAAAGGUGGUGAAACAUGCAGCUAAGUCCAAUUUAUCCGAACAGCCCAGCUUCUAUGAUACAUUAUGUGGUGAAGGGGGGUCCUACAGGUUAGGUGAUGACAGAUGCUUGGAGCCUGAAACAAAUUUGGUGGUUCAUUUCUUAAAUAGAGAUUUCUUUCCCAAUGGUGCAUACCAAGGUCUAUGGGAGGAAAAAGAUAUAAAGAAAGCCUGUAAGAAAAGGGGUUGUCUCGUUCUCCACAACAAUUGGAUUAGCGGAAGAAGGAAGAAGCUGGAGAGACAGGUGUUAUCUGGGCUUUGGGAGUAUGAUAUCAACAAUAGGAUGUGUUUGCAAAGCUGGCAUAAGACAAAUGUCACAAGUUAUUUUUAGAAUGUGGUAUCUUUUGUAUGUUUAAUCAUCUAGAACUUUGUGGUUAAUGUGGUGGAGAAAUCAAGGGUAAUAUUCCUUAUCAGCAAAGCUUUGGAGUUAUCACUGAUUCUAUUGAGAUAAAUCUGAAAAAGGUGAAGCCACCUUGAACAAGAGAAGUAUGCUCAUCACAAACAAUAGCUAGCAACUGCAAGAGAUCCUUCAGCCUGCGCCACUACUUUCCAGAGCAUGCACUAUGUACACAACUGUAUCAGGAGGUCCCAUUUGCUGGCAAUGUUGAAGAGAUGUGUUCAUGUUUUUGUUCUGGUUCAGUCCUAGAAAAUGAAUCCAGGAGAAAAAGGGGACUGAGAAAGGAGACUAUUUCAUACAGUGUGAGCGGGCAACUAAAGGAUCUAACAGUGCGAAUAGUCCAUGCUGGUGGGAGGAUAGAAAUGUAUCAUAGUCCAAUUCCUGCCUCUGAAAUGAUUCGGAAAUAUCCAGGUAUGUGCAUUGCCCGGCCCGAUGUCUUCAAGCGUCCACAUGAAUCUGUUUUAUCAGCUGAUGACAUGUUGUUACCUGGGCAUAAGUACUUUAUUAUUCGGUCUACAACUAUUGAGAAACUGAAACGCAAGCACUCACGGAGAAUCAAUGAAAAUGCCGACAGUGAUGUACCAAUCUUAAGGUCCGAAGAAAAUGAAGAUGUCGGAGAUUUUAAUUCCGAGGACUCUGUUUUUUCUGCUAGAGACUUCUUUUUCUCCAAAGGGAGUUGGUCAGAUGAUAUAUUGGAAAAACCCAGAGAAGAGAGGGGGAAGAAGCCAUUUGUUCCCCCCAUCCAGAGGCCAAGGCUAUGUAAGGAACCUGAGUGGGAGCCAAGUCUAACUUCUAUACAAGAGCUGUCUCCAUGAAUAUCUCUGUACAGAUUGGUGCCCUUCUCUCCUCUCAUACCAUUAUCUGGUUAGAUUUCUUCUAUGCUAUUUAAGAGCUGAUCAUUAUCUUUAUUGGAAAGAUCUUCAAGAUUGUUCUGCACUAGUUGUAUGUUUGCAUAUGUAUUCGAUGUACAGAUGACAAGAUUUCUGUACUAAUUGCCUGCGUAUUCUUUUUAACUAUUAUGUUUCAAUUUCUUUCAAAUUGCAAAUAUUUCAUCAAAACAUCUUUUUCUUUUUGGUGAGAAGGCAUGUUUCUGAUGGAAUUCAUGACUCUGAAUGUCACUAUGUCAACAUAAGCAGAAUCAGUUAUUGAUAUUUAACCGUGUUCCCGCUUCA